AUGAACCCAUUAGACAAGCAACGAAAACUAAUUAGCUAUCAACGAUUACAUUUUAUGCAGCAUCUAAAUAGACGAAGAAACACCGCAGGUCCAUCAUUGGACUCGUUGGCUCUUUCGAUGGUUGAUUCUUUGGGGGAGACUAUUUCAUCUAUGUCUUCCGCAAAUACUUCUCAAAAUAUGUCAGCGACAAUUAUAGAUUCUCAAGAUUCACUUGACAAACAAGCCGAAUCACUGUACCAACAAGGGCACUUUUUCCUCCAUUUUGCAACGCCAAGGAAACCUGAACUAGCAUUCACAAAAUUUACCGCUGCCUCGGAACUCGGAUCUUUAGCUGCAAAACACCAACAAGCUUAUUGUUUGCAACAUGGAUUUGGUGUCGAAAAGAAUGAAAGACAUGCAGUUUCAAUAUAUUUAAAUUUAAGUGCCGAGCCGAAGCCAAUGGUUGCGUCUUUAAAUCAAUUAGGAAUAUGUUAUCAUUUAGGCGUUGGAGUAGAAGUUGACGAAGAAAGAGCUUUAAAUUAUUACAAGAGAGCCGCAGAACUAGGAAAUCGGGAUGCAAUGUUUAAUUAUGCCUACUGUUUACGACAUGGAAUAGGCGCUCAACGAGAUAAUGAAAAAGCAUACUCAAUUUAUGUCCAGCUCGCCGAGUUGGGUGAUCUACAAGGCAUGAAACUUGCUGGUAAUUGCAAAGCCGGUGGCCUAGGAACAACCGCGUCAAAUGAAGAAGCUCUAGCAUUAUUUAAGAACGCCAGUGAAAGCGAUAUUUAUUGGGGAGCCAAGCCGCAAUAUGCACUUUUCCUUUUGAAUGGUAUCGGCACCGAGCCGGAUCACGCUAAAGCUUUUCAAAUCCUCUACGAGACAUGUACUCGCUGGCCUUGUGUUUCCGGCACGACAAAAAUAUUAUUAGGCCGAUGCUAUCAUUUCGGCGUCGGCGUAGAACAAGAUUUAGAGACUGCGUCAUAUUGGUAUGAACGUGCAUUGCGAAGUUAUGGAAUGUCAAUGCCAUUGGUUGAAGAGUGCGAAUUUUUAAUCAAAGACGUGCAAGAAAAAUUGGCCUCCACGAGAAAAGGAUACUAA